AUGGUUUGGGGAGGGUUUUUUAAAAAAAUAAACAAAACCUUAAAUUCCAUUUCCUGAAAGUUAGAACCAAACCAAAGAAGUAAAGUGAUGGAAACAAAGGAAAGUGAUAAUCAAUUCCUUUCAAACACCCCUCCUUGAUUUCUUACCUUUCACUCUGCUCAAUUUCCCCUGAAAAUCCUACGAAACACGACCGGAAUCCGUAUGCAAAGCAACCUAUAAAUAUACAAAUGUGUGCGCGUGUUAGUUGAUUAGUAGAAUCAAUCUGAUAAAGGGGAAAAGACAGGAGAGAUAAGGAAUGGGGGUUUCCAUUCUUGUUAGAAAUCCAGCUACUGCAACACUACUUGGCGGCGUUGUCUUCCUGUUACUGCAAGGUGCUGUUGUUCUAAGUGGGUUUCCGGCGACUCUCAUUCUGGAGAGAGUUUUUCCGGUGAAUCGUCGAAUUGAGUUGAGUCAACUUAGAAAAAGGGACAGUCUAAGGCACCGCACAAUAUUACAGCAGCAGUCUUCCACCGAAGGUGUUAUUGUUUUACCUGUAGAAGGCAGUUACGAUCCUCUUUUUUCAGGGCUUUAUUAUACAAAAGUUCGUUUGGGCUCUCCUCUAAAGGAAUAUUAUGUACAAAUAGACACUGGAAGUGAUGUUUUAUGGGUGGAUUGCACCCCAUGCAAACGAUGCCCAACAUCAAGCGGACUCCCAAUUCCUAUUACAUUCUAUGACCCUUCAACCUCAUCGACAUCUUCUCCCAUCUCAUGUUCAGACGAAAGAUGUUGGCAAUUCGGUCAAUAUUUCGAUAGCAGCUGUUCCAAUCAUAAGUGCAGUUACACAUUGAAGUAUGAAGGUGGUAGUGCAACAUCAGUGUUUCCAACGUAUUUCCCAAUGUAA